CGAUCACCCCGCCGAACGCAACAAUGUUAGACACCUUUGCGUCUUCCACUUCUACAACUUCAUCCACAAGUAACAUCAAUAACCCCCUAUUCGAGGUGCAAGGCGACAGACCCGUGCACUAUGGUAUUCUUCUCUUUCCUGGCUUCCAAGCGCUGGACGUCUUCGGCCCUCUUGAUGUCUUCAACUCGCUCGCAAUGCUGUACAACUACCCCAUGAGACUCACAAAUCUCGCUGCAACUCCUGGCUCAGUACCCACACAUCAUCCAUCCACGAGCAGUCUCAUUCUCGCCAAUGCGCACCCCUUGUCGCGCUUCUCUGAAAACCUAGUCGUUGAUCGCACGCUGGAAGAGCAGCUCGACAUUCAAGAGGCAACCCGCCAUGGUGAAAGGAGCGAGGAAGCAAUCGAUGUUCUCAUUGUGCCUGGAGGCGUUGGCGUGCGUGGUGACGUAGCACAAGAGAUCGAAUUUGUAAGGAGGAUGUAUCCCACGCUCAAGUCCGUUCUCUCUGUUUGCACAGGCGCGACAAUACUAGCACGAGCUGGCAUUCUGGAUGGCAGACGGGCCACGACAAACAAACGUGCAUACAAGUGGGCGACUAGCACUGGACUGGAUGUCAAAUGGGUUGCGAAGGCUAGGUGGGUAGUAGACGGGAACAUCGUAACUAGCUCAGGCAUAUCUGCUGGUAUCGAUGCGUCGUACGCCUUUGUUGCGCUGAACUAUGGAGAAGAUGUUGCAGAAAGCCUGGCGGAUAGUGCAGAGUAUGUUCGGUGGAUGGACCCAGAGCACGAUCCUUUCAGCAAGAGGUGGAACCUUUCAUAAGAUCGACGGAAAAGAUGCAUCACGCCUUCAUCGAAGGUAUGCGCAAGCCUGACAAGUCACUCUGUUGGGAGAAUCACUAUCUCCCUAGACAACGCUCGAUGUAUCUCGUAGGUCGAUUGCUCGUGGCUACGUGCCAGUUGAAGGCAUUCGCGAAGAGUCAACUUCACUUACCGCACCUAUUGUGACCCAUAUACAAAAUAGCAAUCAUGAACCUAUUGUCGGCCGAA